ACAUUAAUCAAUCAAUUAAUUGAUGCACAAACCAACGCCACUACGAUUAUAUAAACACACACACACAACCCCAAAAGGGGAAAAAAGACCAAACAAAAUGGCUUCGCUCAGAAGUAUGAAUAAGAUGGCUUAUCCAUACUCUUCUCCACCACCACCUCCACCAUCUCCUCCAUGCAGCCCCCCUCCGCCGCCGCCACCACCACCAUCUCCUCCAUGCAACCCUCCACCUCCACCUCCUCCAUGCAACCCUCCGCCUCCGCAUUCUCCACGAUGCCAAGAUAAAAAGCACUGCGGCCACCACAAACCACCCACCGCCCCUUCUCCGGCGCCGUCUCAUAAUCACCCACCACACCACCACCACCACCACCACCACCAUCACAAGCCCUCGGCGCCACCAGCACCGGCACCAGCACCAAAGCCUAGCGUUCCUACAAAGCCCCCACACACCCCGGCCGCACCACCAAAAUCGCCGCCACCUUCAUCAAAGUGUCCACCGCCACCACCCAAAUCCGAAACACCUUCUCAUCCGCCGGAAAAACCAGCAUAUCCACCCAAAACACCACCACAUCACCACCCACCCUCACCAGCACCAAAACCUAGUGUUCCGGCAACACCUCAUUAUCCGCCAACCAACCCCGCGCCUCCGCCAGAUUCGCCGCCAUCACCAUCACCAAAACCCGGUGUUCCGGCCAAGCCUCCGAAGCCACAGACACCUCAUUAUCCACCAAACGGCCCGGCGGCACCCCCAAAAUCGCCACCAGGUUCAUCACAUUAUCCGCCGUCACCAUCACCAAAACCCAGUGUUCCGGCCAAGCCUCCGAAGCCGCAUGCACCUCAUUAUCCGCCAAAAUCACCACCAAGCGGCCCAGCGGCACCACCAAAAUCGCCGCCAGGUUCAUCACAUCAUCCACCGUCACCAUCACCAAAACCCGGUGUUCCGGCCAAGCCUCAUGCACCUCAUUAUCCGCCAAACGGCCCGGCGACACCGCCACGUGGGCCGGCGGCACCACCAAAAUGGGCGCCGGGACCAAAGCCUUAUCAUCCGAUAACACCACCAGGAAUGCCGGCCUAUCCACCAUACUAUCCGGGAGCCCCAGUAUAUCCACCAGCUCCCAACUCCCUCACUCCAUUUUCGCCGCCCUCAAAUACUAUUCUUACACCGCCUCCUAAUGGCGGAGGUGGCGGCAACAACCACACCACCGUGAUUGCGGUGUGUGUUUCUUUAGGUGGAUUGUUCUUCCUUGCUUUCAUAGCAGUCGGCCUCUUCUGCUUAGCCAAGAAAAAGAAGAAGCCUAUCAUGGUUCCAGCUGCCGCAGGUCACCAUGCUCAUCAUGCCGAACCUGCUCAUCAUUAAAACGGGUGUGUUUCAUCAAAGAGAUUGCUAAAUUUGUUUGUUUGUUUUUUUUUCUUUUCUUUUUUCAAUCUUUUGAUGCAGUGAUAUACUAUUUGUUAUUUGUUGCACUAAGAUAUUCAAUAAAUUAAUUGUUGGAAGUGACAGUGGGGGUUGUAUUCUUCUUGAUUUCGUGGGUGUUGCAUCAAAUAAGUUGGACGACAAUGUAAUGUUUACAAUAUUAAUUGAUAAGUGGUCAUUUCUUAUAA